AUGACGGUGCAUGUGCGUGACGUCACCAUCAAAAUGUCCAAAAAACGGUCCGCAAAGAAAAGGUUAAAGACCUCAAUCGAAAAAGAGUUAGCAGAAGCUGCUCGGGAGAUUUUCAGGCUGCUGCAGGAGCGCAGCCAAGCAGAGCUGGAGGAGCUGCGGAUGCUGGUGAUGAAGAGAAUCACCGCGGCCGUGGAGCUCAUCUUCAACGCGUUUGAAGCAAGCAGAUCGGUCGAAAGAGGGUCGCUGAAGCAUCUUGAGCCUCAGACAGCGGAUCGUGGAAUGAACCGGAGAAAGUUGAGAUUGAAGAAGCUCCUUCCUGGUAACUCUUCAAGGUCAAAGUCCAAACUGAACCAACCAGCAGCCUCUCCAGAUGAUGCAACAGAAGAGGAGGAGGAGGAAGAAGAUGAGGAUAAUGUCGCUGAGGAACAAUCUCAUGGCUGCAGGGUGUGUGGAAAGUCCUUUGACAGUGAAGUUGUUCUAAUAAAACAUGUAGAGGAUCACGCAAAGGAGAAUGAGUGCCGGUGUGGUGUGUGCGGCAAACAUUUGGACUCCAGUGAUAAUCUGACACUACACCUGCAGACUCACAGCAGCAGAAGCAAGACCUGCCAUGUCUGUGGUAAGAAGUUCCACUCAAUCCGAGCUCAAGAAACACACUUGAAGCUCCACGCAGGUGAGAAACUCUUUAACUGUCACCUCUGUGGUAAGAGCUUCAGCAAAAAGGCUAACAUGCUGACCCUCCUAAAGUCCCAAACAGCAGAAAAUGCAUUAACAUGCACCGCUUGCUCCGAAGAGCUCAGUAACUCCAACUCACUGGAGCAUUGCAAAAGCGACCACAACAAAGCGGUGCCUUUCAGCUGCAAGGACUGUGGGAAAGACUUUCCAACAAGUCCUGAACUGGAGCAGCAUAUCGAGAUUCCCAAAUCCGACAAGCAGUUAAUCGAAGGGAGCAAACAGAGUCCGACUCCUCCUCACUCCUGCAAGGUCUGCAGGAAUUCUUUUCACAGCAAAGGUAACUUAUUGCGCCACACGGAGACACAUUUCAAGGAUUCUGACUUUCGUUGUGGUGUUUGUGGUGAGCAAUCCGAGUCUGCGGAGAGCGUUCAACUUCACAUCCAGAGUCACAGAGAAACUAAUAGAGUAUGUGAAAUCUGUGGCAUCAAGUUCAAGGACAUGGACACGCACAUGAGGAGACACACGGGACAGAAACCCUUCAGAUGCAAAGACUGUGGUAAGGAUUUCUCAAGGAAGGGCUCUUUGGAGAAACAUAUGAAGAUGCACUCUGGAGAGAGACCAUACAUCUGCGAGUUCUGUGGAAAGACUUUUAUUGAAAACAGUGUUCUAAAAAGACACAUUAAGAGCCACGUGGGGGGAAAGCCCAGAAUUUACCCCUGUGAUGUCUGCGGUAAGAAGUUCACCAUGAACCAACAUCUGGAUGUGCACAAGAGGAUCCACACGGGGGAGAAGCCGUUCACCUGCAGGGUCUGCAACAAGAGCUUCAGGCAGAUCGGCAACCUGGACUCUCACAAGAGGAUCCACACGGGCGAGAAGCCGUUCAUCUGCAGUCUCUGCGGGAAAAGGUUCUGCCAGAAGAUCUCACUGGAGAGACACGAGAGGUUCCACAAGAAAGACAAAACGUUCAUGUGCCAGCUCUGCAGCAAGGGCUUUGUCCAGAACACUGACCUAAAGAGACACAUGCGGACACACACUGGGGAGAAACCCUUCAGCUGCCAUUUGUGUGAGAAGAGCUAUCAGGAGAAGCGCUCGCUGUACUCGCACAUGAAGAUCCACACAGAAGAGCAGGCUGCCAAAGACUCGGCUGUGAUGUCCGUCCCAAAGCAACAAGGGGACAUUCUUCCUGACUUCAUCCAGCUGAAGGCAUUUAAUCCUGGAAAUUCGUGGAAAUAUUGCUUCCAGCUUAAUUUAGAGUCAUCACGGAAAGACACAUAUUCCCCGUCGUGUUUGAUCCAUCAGAAAACCGGUGUAAUGUGCGGCGUUGAGCUGCUGUGGUUGUCGGUCUAUGAGCGGAUUAACGCCACGGCUCAAGAUGUUUUACAGCAAAUGGAAACGGGAGAAAAAGCGGCGGAAAUCUGGACGCUGAGAGCUCUGCUCACCGAAAGGCUAACAGCGGCUGCGGGGGAGAUUGUAGCUCUUUUUAAGAAAACUGUGGUGGAUUAUGAAGAUAAACUGCAGCGGUCGGAGCGGGAAAUCCGCCGCCAGAAGAGACUGCUUGAUACUUUACUAAACCCCGAAGUCAGGUUGCAGAGAGCGGAUUUUUCGCCUUCAGGAGCACCAUCACCUGCAGCUAACGAGCUAUCCAGACACAAUUCCGGUCACCUUCAAAAUAAAAGCCCUGCCAGCUUGAGCGAAGAGGUGACAGACCAUGAAGUGGAUACCGCAUAUAAUGAGUCUCAGCUGAAUGUGAACGACUCAAACCUCCAGCCUGCAGCUGAUCCAAAUCUGUUCUAUUUUGAAAAUGACUUCAGUGAUAUUUCCCUCCCAUUAGUGCCUUGCCCCACUCAGCUGACCUACCUCCCACCUGUCUCUACGACCAGUGGAGAAGAUGAAGACGAACAGUGCCAGGCUUCCAAAUCUAGGAAAAGAAAGAAGAAAGGUCGCCCAGUUGGAUCUGAAUCGCUCCAGAGUUUUGCUCAGAACGACUCAAACGUCCAGCCUGCAGACCUGAAUCAGUCCCACUCUGAAAAGGACGUUGGCGAUGCUUCCUGCACACAAGCACCGGCCUCCCCCUCGCUGUCCUCCGACCCACCUCCCUCCGAAGGCAGUAGAGAUGAUUCAGAUAAAGACUGGAGCGAGCACAGUCAGACUCCCAAAUCUAGGAAAACAAAGAAGAGAGGUCGUCCAGUUGGAUCUGGUGAGAAAAAAAAGAGAGGACGACCUUUCGGAUCUUUAGGAAAGAAGAAGAGAGACCUGCUGGCGCUCGGAUCUUUAGAAGUUGUGAAGAAACGGAAGCGCUCAAAGCCAGAUCAGAGCUACAGCUGCUACACGUGUGGACGCCUUUCUCCUGGGAAAGGCUUCCUGCUCCAACACGUCCUAAAGGUCUGUUUCAGCAACCCGGACAGCCGCUGUGGCUUCUGUGGGGAGGUUUUAGACUCUGCUGAAAGCCUGGCGGCUCACCUGCAGGCUCACCAAGAAAACAGCAAAAAGUGCUCCUUCUGCGGGAAAAUCUUCACCUCCAUCAUGGCGCAGGAGCAGCACGCUCGUCUGCACACCGGAGAAAAACCGUUUAGCUGUGCUGAAUGUGGUAAAAAGUUCAGUCAGAAAGGCAACCUGACGUCUCACCUACAGGUGCACGCUUCAGAGAAACCUUUCAGAUGUAAAGAGUGCCCUCGUGCCUUCUGUCACAGGAGCUCAUUAGAGCGCCACACAGGACUGCACACACACAAGGUCGUCCACACCUGCAGCGUGUGUAAUAAAGAGUUUAGUAAGAAGAUCAUCCUGAGGAAACACAUGAAGGUCCAUCAAACAGAGAUGGUUGGCAAUGAGAUGUUGGUGAAGGAAUCGUCGUCAUGCUCCUGCAAAGUCUGCGGGGAAUCCUUUACCCAUGAGAUACUCUUCAUUAAGCACAAAGGGACUCAUGAGCAUGAUCGGAACGGCUCCAAAGAAAGUCUUGUCCCUCCACUGCAGUCCCAUCAUGGUCGUUGUCUUCAGUAUGGAAAAUCUUUACUCAGUAGAGAAGACCUAAAGUUAUCUGUAUAUGGACUCCGUACGGAAACGGGACCACAAAAGAUGCAGUCUGGUUUCCGUACGGCUUCCACGCGGAAACUUUCCGGAGCUCCGGAACCGCACUGCACUGUUGCAGGUGUGAAUGCUCUGAUUGGACUCAGUGAUUUCUGGGAAGCAAGCCAAUCACAUGUGAGCUCACAAGGUCGCCAAGUCUGCACCAACGCUCACUGCUGCGCUGCCAUUUGUAAUUCGACACCGGACAGUGAAGAGCUGCGGUGUUGUGGACAGACUGGAAACCAAAAGGACCGGUCCAAAAAUGAUUUCUUGUACCUCGGCUCUGUCAGUGUGCCCCAGGGCUGCUGUAGCUACAUGUUGCUCAUCACCACCACUAGGACAGAGCGAAGGGAGGAAGAAUCGCUCCAGAGUUUUGCUCAGAACGACUCAAACGUCCAGCCUGCAGACCUGAAUCAGUCCCACUCUGAAAAGGACGUUGGCGAUGCUUCCUGCACACAAACACCGGCCUCCCCCUCGCUGUCCUCCGACCCACCUCCCUCCGAAGGCAGUAGAGACGAUUCAGAUAAAGACUGGAGCGAGCACAGUCAGACUCCCAAAUCUAGGAAAACAAAGAAGAGAGGUCGCCCAGUUGGAUCUGGUGAGAAAAAAAAGAGAGGACGACCUGUCGGAUCUUUAGGAAAGAAGAAGAGAGACCUGCUGGCUCUUGGGUCUUUAGAAGUUGUGAAGAAACGGAAGCGCUCAAAGCCAGAUCAGAGCUACAGCUGCUUCACGUGUGGACGCCUUUCACCUGGGAAAGGCUUCCUGCUCCAACACGUCCUAAAGGUCUGUUUCAGCAACCCGGACAGCCGCUGUGGCUUCUGUGGGGAGGUUUUAGACUCUGCUGAAAGCCUGGCGGCUCACCUGCAGGCUCACCAAGAAAACAGCAAAAAGUGCUCCUUCUGCGGGAAAACCUUCACCUCCAUCAUGGCGCAGGAGCAGCACGCUCGUCUGCACACCGGAGAAAAACCUUUCAGCUGUGCUGAAUGUGGUAAAAAGUUCACUCAGAAAAGUAGCCUGGUGUCUCACUUAAAGGUGCACGCUCCAGAGAAACCUUUCAGAUGUAAAGAGUGCCCCAGCGCCUUCUGGCAGAUGACCUCGUUAGAGCGCCACAUGAAGCAGCACACAGAUAAUUUGGUCCACACCUGCAGUGUGUGCAAUGAGGAAUUUAGUAUGAAAAUCAACCUGAGGAAACACAUGAAGGUCCAUCAGGCAGAAGACACUCAAAAUACAAAGAAACCACCAACAAAUUGUUGCAAGGUGUGCGGGGAGGCAUUUGUAAAAAAGGCAAACUUAACGAAACAUGCGAGGACUCAUGUAGAGGAUCCAAACUGCUGCUGUGCAGUUUGUGGACAUGAGUACGACUCUGUAGACAGCCUCUCUGCUCACCUGGACUCCCACAAAUACAACGGCAAGACCUGCGAAGUCUGCGGGAAACACUUCCCGUUUCUCUCAGAGCUGCUGCUGCAUUUGAGGAUCCAUUCUGAAGAAAGGCCUUUUACCUGCAGCACCUGUGGAAAGAAAUUCAAGCUACGCGGCAUUCUGCGGACACACCUGAAGAUCCACACGGGCGAACGAGCGUUCUCCUGCAGAAUCUGUGGGAAGAGCUUCAUCCAGAAAGUGGCCCUGAACACUCACAUGCGCUUCCACAACAAGGAGAGGUGCUUCCUGUGUCAGGUGUGUGGGAAAGGCUUCAUGCAGAGCGAGGACCUGAGGAGACACAUCCUGAUUCACACAGGAGAGAAACCCUACAUCUGCAAGGUCUGUGGAAAGUGCUUCCAGGCCCGACGAUCUCUCAACCUACACGAUAAAACUCACAAAUCAGAGGUGGAGGGCGCUGGACCAGAGCGUAUUAACAACUCAGAGGUUCCAGGGAUGGAGGGCUUCCCUUCAGUGUACCUGCAGCUAAACCCAAAACGCAGCAGAAUGUGCAGCGUUGAUAUGCUGUGGUUGUCGGUCUAUGGACGGAUUAACGCCGCGGCUGAGGAUGUUUUACAGCAGAUAGAAAACAGAGAAAACGCGGCGGACAUCUGGACACUGAGAGCUGUGCUCACCGAGCGGCUAGCAGCGGCUGCGGAGGAGAUAGUAGCUCUUUUUAAGAAAACUGUGUUGGAUUAUGAAGGUAAAUUGGAGCGGUCGGAGCGGGAAAUCAAUCGCCAGGGGAGCCUGCUUGAUACUAUAUUAAACCCCGAAGUCAGGUUACAAAGGGCGGAUCAGAUAAAGGAUUUUUCGCCUUCAGGAGCAGAAUCACCCGCAGCUGGCGAGCUGUCCAGCCACAGUUCCGGCCAUUUUCAAAAUAAAAGUCCUGUCAGCAUGAGCGAAGAAGUGACAUACCGUGAAGAGGAGGAUUCCAAUAAUGAGUUUCUGCAGAACUUGAAUGACUUAAACCUCGAGCCGGAAGCUGACCUGAAAAACUUGAAUGACUCACAAAAUAACUUAAGUGAUGUGUCCUGCCCUCCAACACCCGGAUCCGCCUCACCAUCCUACCAGCCAUCGGUCUCCGCAAGUAGCGAUAAAUGUCCAGACGAAGACUGGUGUGAGCAGAAACAGACUUCUCAAUCUAGAGGGAAUAGAAAGAGAGGUCGACCGUUUGGAUCUUUAGGAAAGAAGAAGAGAGACCUGCUGGCACUCGGAUCUUUAGAAGUUGUGAAGAAACGGAAGCGCUCAAAGCCAGAUCAGAGCUACACCUGCUACACGUGUGGACGCCUUUCUCCUGGGAAAGGCUUCCUGCUCCAACACGUCCUAAAGGUCUGUUUCAGCAACCCGGACAGCCGCUGUGGCUUCUGUGGGGAGGUUUUGAACUCCGCCAACAGCCUGGCGGCUCACCUGCAGGCUCACCAAGAAAACAGCAAAACGUGCUCCUUCUGCGGGAAAACCUUCACCUCCAUCGUGGCGCUGGAGCAGCACGCCCGUUUGCACACUGGAGAGAAGCCGUUUCGUUGUCAGGAUUGUGGUAAAAAGUUCUGUCAGAAAGGCAACCUGACGUCUCACCUAAAGGUGCACGCACCAGAGAAACCGUUUCAAUGCAAAGAGUGCCCUCGUGCCUUCUGGCACAUGAAGUCAUUGGAGCGCCACGUGAAGCAGCAUGCAGAAAACGCCGUCUACACCUGCAAAGUUUGUAAUGAGGAGUUUAGUAAGAGUUUCAGCCUGAGGAAGCACAUGAGUGUCCAUCACUCUGAUGUAAGUGGAAGACCAAAGAAAGCACCCGGGUACUUCUGCAGAGUGUGUGGGGAUGCCUUUGACAAGAAAUCACUCCUACUUAAACAUGCAAGUUUUCAUGGGCGGGAUCCAAACUGCUGCUGUGCAGUUUGUGGGCACCACUUUGACUCCACCAGCAGCCUCAGCACUCACCUGCAGUCGCAUCGCUGCGCUGGCAUUACCUGCGAAACUUGCGGAAAGUCCUUCGUUGGUCAGUCAGCGCUGCUGAUGCACCAGAGGAUACACAGUGGAGAAAAGCCGUACACCUGCAGCUUCUGCGAAAGGACCUUUAACCAAAUUGGCAACUUGAAGACACACCUGAAGAUCCACACAGGUGAACAAGCGUUCUCCUGCAACAUCUGUGGGAAGAGCUUCACCCAGAAAGGGACACUGAACACUCACAUCCGCUUCCACAACAAGGAGAGGUGCUUCCUGUGUCAGGUGUGUGGGAAAGGCUUCAUGCAGAAUGAGGACCUGAGGAGACACAUCCUGAUUCACACAGGAGAGAAACCCUACAUCUGCAAGGUCUGUGGAAAGUGCUUCCAGGCCCGACGAUCUCUCAACCUACACGAUAAAACUCACAAAGGCGAGUCGGAGGCUGCCGGACCAGAGCUGUUGGACAACUCAGAGGUUCAGAGGAUGGAGAGCUUCUCUUCAGUGUACCUGCAGCUCUAGGCCAGCACAUCUGCUCCUGUCUGAGCCUCGUGCCGGUCUUUGAUUCAAACAAACAUUAUUUGUAUUUAGUUGCAAAUUUUGAGGCAGAUGUUUAACUUCAAAUUUAACAAAAUGCGUUCACAUCAUCAGUCAGUGAUGGGAAGUUUGAUUGGUAGAAUUUCUAAGUAUUGUUGAGCUGGUUUUAUAAGAAUCAGAAAUAGUUUCAAAAUUGGUUAACUGGUCUUUUUUCCCCUUCAUACGAUCACCAUUUCCUGGUUAAGUGACAGUCUACUCCAUAAUAUCAGAUAACAUUUAUCUGAAUGUCUGUAGUUAUUGAUUUUGAUCAGUUUGUCUUAGGUAUUUUUUUAAUUUAUGUGUUAUUUGGGGUGGGGUGGGGUGGGGUGGGUUAGUUUCCUGACCACAAGUAAAAACUGAUCCAGCAAAAAGCUUCAAAUAUUCAGGAUAAAGCAGCAAAUAAUCUAUAAUAAUUUAACUGAUUUAACUUCUUUGCUGAUUUUAAUAAAGAUAAUCCUAUUAGGGUGAAAAUGCUUUCACAACUAUCAUAACGUUCUAUAACGAAAGCAAAGUAUCAUAAGUCUUGACUGAUUGAGUGUAUUGAAUUAUCUACAAUUUGGUAAAAAUGUGUGUAUUGAAAUUUUUUAUUUAUAAUUUACUUUUAACAAGUUGUAUUUUUAUUUCUAUUCAAAUAAACCCCAUGAUAACACAAUGA